CGGCUUUUGGCUUUUGGCUUUUGCGUUUGGGGUUUGGAUUUGCCCACAAACAAUUCCAUGCCAAUUUGCCAACAACAUACACAGGAAAGAAAAGAAAACAGACCAACAUGUGAUGUGGUUUUCAACCGCAGCCAACCGGUCAGAAAAUUCGGGAUAAUGCGAUAUUCAUGACCCACAAUUUUUUUUUUAUUACUUUUUUCUUUCUGUUAAUUUUUUUUUUGGUAAUUCUUUCUGUUAAUUUAUUCAACAAAUUUGGGGGACCAACGCCAAAUCUUCAAUCACUACCCAACAUCCAUUUUCUUACACCAAAAAGGAAAACAGAUGGAAACCAGAGGAAUUGCAACCAAAACAGACGAGUUUCGCACAAGAAGAAAGAAGAAGCCUGCUGAUUUUUGAAACAACCACAAUAAGUGCUUUUGGCGUUUGGCUUUUCUGUUUCUAGUUUUCUGAGGAAAAGGGAUGCUGCAUUGGGUUUUAUGGAAAGCCAUGAGCUGCUUAUUUCCCAUUGUUAGCUGCGUGAAGAAGACAUGGCUUUCUACCUAUCCCAUUCGAGAUCCUGAUUUCUGCUUGAUUUCCCAUAUGUCUGAUGAAGAAAUAGUUGGGAUGCAAAUGCAUUUGGUAGGGAUAGUAUCAUAGCUUCUAGUAUUAGUGGGAAUUGGAAUUAGAUUGUUAGAAAUUUAGAACUACUUCUUUAGUUAGGGGGACCGAGGCAAGUAAAGUCUUUGGUAGCACAGUAAUGAUUGGGCAACUUGGAACCAUUUGGUAACUCGGAACAUAGAAAUGCAGUUUGAUUUUUAUGCAUAAAUACACCGAGAAAGCAGAAAAAGAAAACACAUUAUAAAAAAAAAAAAAAUCAAGCUAAAUAAAGCAUUCACCUUGAAAUAUUUGAAGAUGGGCUUGCCUCAAGUGUCUUCUAGCAGCAUUGCCGAGGAAGUGACAGCGUCUCUGUGCACAUUUAUGCAACCUCAACCUAGAGUUGCUGGAAUGAGCACCUGUGAUCUGAGUGGGAUGCAUGGAGGAAACCUGGGAAACCAUGUGCAGGUGGAUUUCACAUGCUCUUCUUUUGGAGAGUUUCAAAGGAAAUCCAUCACGGAGAUUCCAAAUAGACCAGAUUCUGCCAAUGCACGUAAAGAUGUUAGUAGAUCAAGCAUGCAUGCAUCGAAGAUGAACUCUACGGAACAAUACUUUUGGUCAAGUCAGAGAAGCGGGCAGAAUACCCAGACACCUGUUCCUAGGGUUGUUGGUUUUGAACCAAGAAUAUUGGAUUCUCCUCUUAAUUUCUUUAAUGGAAACCAAUAUUCUUCAAGUUCACUGACUGUCACAGGGGACACAACUGAGGCUGCUGGGUCAGCGCACAGGAAGCAGUUAUUGUCUCCUUUGAAUGGAAUGCUUCCCAAGGAUCAGUUUAAUGGUGAUUCUCUAGACAUUGGAGAUGGGAUUCAUAAGAGUGGCUCUUGGGGAUACAAUGGUAGUUCUAAUGUUCCCACUCAAGAGCAUAAGAAAGCUCAUCUUGGCAACUCCAGUUAUUUUAAUUCUACAAUCUGGUCUGCAUCUUGUUCCCCGGAGUGGAAAAGUUCACCGGAUCACAACUGCAAUACAAACUCCUCUUUUGUAUUUGAUGGUCCUUUGCUUGAAAGCAAAGAGCCACGAUCUCCGAAUCAGUUCAUAUCACCAUCUGGACUUGAUUGCUCUGGAGAAACAAUUAAGGUGAGGUCACAAUCAGGUGCUAUAGACAUAUCUUCAAGAAAAGUUGUGUUGCCUACACUUUCUCUCUCUCCUCUUGGUCCAAGGUUUUCUGAAAGAGUGAAAUCUCGAGAAUUAUGCAGGGGUUCUACGCCAAAGAUAGAUGAUAACAGUAUAACUCUAAAGGACAUAGAACAGUCACUUGAUGGAACAAUCUCAGGCAUAGCAUCAUCAUCCUGGAAAGAGGAGGCCUUUAGGUUGCUAAGUGACUCGUCCGAAGAUGUUCAUGUUCAGCAGAAAAUGGUUGACCUCUUUAGUUCUAAGAGUUCUACACCUGGGAUGGUGCAUCAAUGGAAUCAGGACUUGAAACCGAAGCCUAAAUGUGUUAAACUAGUACGAUCACCUACUGGACUGCCUGUUAGAAGGUCAUUGAUUGGUUCAUUUGAGGAAUCCCUGUUGUCUGGUCGAUUAUUGUCUGCAAAGGUUGGUCAGAGAAUUGAUGGUUUUCUUGCUCUUCUGAAUGUCACCGGGGGGAGUUUCUCGCCCAAAACACAGAAACUUCCAUUUGCAGUGACCAGUGUGGAUGGAGAUAACUAUUUACUAUAUUAUUCAUCAAUAAGUCUUGCUGGGAGUACGACACCAAACAAUUAUGGAAGCCCCAGGAUGAAGAGGAGCCUUAGCAUGGAUGAUUCACAAGCAGACAAGAACCGUCUGAGGAUACCUAUGAAAGGCCGCAUACAACUGGUUCUCAGCAAUCCAGAAAAGACACCUAUUCACACCUUCUUCUGUAAUUACGAUUUGAGUGACAUGCCUGCUGGAACCAAGACGUUUUUGCGCCAAAAGAUCACUCUAGCCUCUUCUGAACCAAGCUCUAAGGCUGGGAAUGGAAGACAUGCUGAUCCUGAUAAAGAAAAUGAUGCCAAGCCAUCUUCGAUCCUAGAUGCUGCGAAUUCAUUGCAGCUUAGUGACAAUGAUGUGGAUUCAAACGGGUUUAAGGAUGUAGCGAAUCAGUACCGAAGAGAGAGGGAACACACAAAGCCCUGUUUUCAUGGUGAAUCCGAUGGUUGUAGCCUUUGUAGGUAUGAAAAGACCAGUGAGAUUAAUGAAAGUAAUUCUCUGCUUAGCCCUUCAAAAGUGAGCAAGAAUACCGCUGGUGCUGGUGUUCUGCGUUAUGCUCUUCACCUUCGCUUCUCAUGCCUUUUUCCUAAGAAAUGCUCGAGGUCAGUCCAGAGAUGCAAGUUAGACCCGUUAUCUGGACAAGCGACAAACAGUUUCGACAUUGAAGGGGAGCGGCGAUUCUACUUGUAUAAUGAUUUGAGGGUCGUGUUCCCUCAGCGCCAGACGGAUGCUGAUGAGGGCAAGUUACAUGUGGAGUAUCAUUUCCCAUCGGAUCCAAAAUACUUUGAUAUCAGCAACUGAAGGGCAUACGAAUUCUCUGCUAAAAUAGACAGUUGCAUACUUGCAUUAUCUGUAGUCACUGUACAUAGUGAUAGUUGUACAUUCAAAUCUCCAGUCAUCUUUUGGGGCAAUUCCCCAUUCAAUCUGUAAAUAACUGUAAUUAUCAAUAAUUAGUCUAUUUAAUAUGUUCUACAUGCUUGUAGAUAUAUGAUCACUUUGAUACA